AUGGUCUUGUGGUUCACUGCAAUACUUUUGUCGGCUGCACGCGUUGAAGCGAUGCAAACUAAUGUAUCGAGCAUUUGCUCGCCAUCCGACCCAAGUCCUCUCGUCGUGAAAGGAUCUAUCACAUAUGUUUGUGUUAAUGUUAAUGAUAAAUACCGUACGCUUUUUACGCCUAUUGCCGACAAAUUCAUCGUGUUACGCAUCAGCGAUUCGUGGAAUGAUACUCGUAUCGGUGCUAACCCUUCAGGGGCAUUUGUUACAGUGUCGAGUCUAAAAUAUCGGACAAACUACAAGUUAUAUUCGUCGACUUCCAAAGGCCGGCUGUCUCCUUACAUGACUGCUAUCAUAUCUGUCAAGAUGGGCGUUGUACAGGGCGUAAGCUGGGACGAAGGUUGUUACUUUUGCACUGCAGAUAUGUGUGACUAUAACCUUUUCUCAAAACCCGAAGAAACGGCAAUGACACGUUUGAGUGGUCAAGGCAAAACUUGCUAUACCUUCGUUGACAAUUGCUCAGCCACUAACGCAUCGAAGUUGAGUAUAGCUGUUGGAGACGGCAGCAUCGCUGGAUCAAACGCCACUGUGAGCGGUGCCAACACGUCCGCUCAAUGCGAUAUCACUGUCUACCUGGGAUGGACUGGCACAGACAAGUAUGGAGAGUAUUUAGGAAGUGCAUCACUUCGAAUGUCUCAAUUCUCAAAGUAUUCAAUCGGAUCAUUUUUCUCGAGCAUUGGCGCCAGUUUAUCUAAGUUGGCCCCAACUAGCCGUAGCGAUAUUGCAGCUUAG